UCACGUCGCGCCCGUCAAACGGAAACGAACGUCGCUAGCACGCAUGCGCCCGCGCCCGUCGGCCAGUGGAGACACAAGCUCGUCGCCGUCAUCGUCGUCGUCGUCGUCGGAAUCGUUGUCGGUGGCUGUCACUCUCGCCAGCAAGCAAACCGGGUGGUUUUACCGUUGGUGACUUUCGCGUGAUUUUUCGGCGGUGCCGCGCGCCGUUAUUUGUUCUGUGUGUGUUGUUAUCCCCUUCGUGCUGAGUGAUAAUUUCCUCAACCCCCUCCACAUACACGCACACACCCUUCUGCCGGGUUGUAGGUGUGUUCUCACGUGCGUACGUGUGUGUGUGUGCUAUCAAUUGUGAAAAGAGUGUGAUUGUGCAGGGCGUUUUUUUUCUUGUGUGCGCCCCUGCUUUUCGUGCCCUUCGGUUCAAAGAUAACGCGUGUGAUUUCGGUGCCGUUUUGUUUUUGUCUACCUGAAAGGCUACCCCGCAGUCGAGCGGGGUGAGUAGUGGUGUGUGGGUUUUGCACUCCUUUUUCCGCGUCAAGUGUCACGUCCAACAUACUUCGCUGUGUUUAGUGUGAUCGAAGGAAAAGGCUCCGCUGAUAACAGGAUCGCAAGAAGAAGGAAAAAUCAAUCGAACGCAACCCGUCCUUCGAGCAUGUGUGUGUGUUCUGUUGCUCAUGCCUCUGUGCGGUGUUGUGGAACAAAACAAAAUGUGUGUGUAAAUCGUGUAUAGAGUGAAAUAGAGAAAAAAAUAUCUCCUCGGAAAAAGUGCCCCAGUAAAGUGUGAUGCAAUUCCAGUUCAAACCGUUCCCUUUUAAUGCAGUUCAAAGCUAGCGUUCGGUAGCCAGCACAACCGCUCCAAGGACUGCUGCGUGAAAUUGGCCACGAAACUGUCAACCACACAGUUCGCACCCGUUUGCCGUCCGUACGGUAGCGCUGCCAACAGACCGAACCUGCUGGAACCUGCCGGUGGCGUUGGUGUUGCUGGUGGGCAGCCCGUUCCGGUGCGGAACCGUUUCGUGAACACGUGCGACACGGUGGCUACGGUGACGCUGCACACGGCAGAACACGGGGUGCCCGGUGCGAGGACCCCGCUCGGUGUAGUACCGGUCAACAGCAUCCACCAGCCACCGAUCUCUCACAUGGGCGUGUGCGCGGAGGAGCGCCCCAUAAUGCAUUGGCACCCGAGUGCUCGGUUUCUGGGGCCGCCGCGAGAGCGCAGCCCGGACCUGUCGAACGCCUGCCAGCUCAACAGCAACAACAACAACCUCAACCAUCGGACCUGCAUCUCCUGCACGGACACGUGCGAGCACAGCCUGAAGGUGGCCGGCGGCAACGGUUUGCUGGGUGUCAACCAUCAUCUCUACGCGGACAGCUGCCACAGUUUCGAGUCACCCGACCGGUUGAUUGCGGACAGACCAAAUUACUAUGCCGAUCUCAACCGGAGCGACUGCUCGGACAGCUCCAGCGUGCUGAAUAGCUGCAUCCAGCUCAAAUCGGAACCACCGGGCGGUCCGAGCAGUCCGGAAUCUUCCAACGAGUUACCGUCGACCGGGCUGGACGAGUGUGCGGGCUGUGAUAUGCCGAUUCAGGAUCGCUUCUACCUGUCAGCUGUGGAGCGCAAGUGGCACGCUAGCUGUCUACAAUGUUGCAUCUGCCGGCAAACCCUCGAAGGUGCCAAUUCCUGCUUUUCACGCGACGGCAAUAUCUACUGCAAAACGGAUUACUACAGGGUAUUCGGUUCGCGACGGUGCUCCAAGUGUUUGGCGUCGAUCAGCUCCUCCGAGCUGGUGAUGCGCGCCCGGCAUCUGGUAUUCCACAUACGAUGCUUCUCCUGCGCCGUCUGCAACACGCCGCUGAACAAGGGCGACCACUACACGAUACGGGACUCGGCCGUCUUCUGUCGAUCACACAUUGAGCUACCGCUGGAGGCGGCCACCACCCCGGGGCUACCGGGGAUGCCGAUGCAGUGUCCUUACCAGAGCCAGUACGGUACCUCGCCGGUCGCCCCGCUCAGCCCGAGCGACUCGACGACGAGCGGCGGCAAGCUGAACCCGGCCACCUACUACCCACCGCACGGCGUCACCGGGCUGCCGCAGCAGCCGCGCCAGAAGGGCCGGCCCCGGAAGCGGAAGCCCAAAGACAUCGAAGCCAUGACGGCUAGCCUCGACCUGAACACCGAGUAUCUGGACCUGGGAUUUAGCCGGGGGCUCGGUUCCUCGUCCCGGGCCAAACGGAUGCGGACGUCCUUCAAGCACCAUCAGCUCCGCACGAUGAAGUCCUACUUCGCCAUCAACCACAAUCCGGACGCGAAGGACCUGAAGCAGCUGUCCCAGAAGACGGGACUGCCGAAGCGUGUGCUACAGGUUUGGUUCCAGAACGCACGCGCAAAAUGGCGCCGAAUGAUGAUGAAGCAGGAGGGCAAAAUCAUCGACUCGGACAAGGGCGACGGUUCGCUCGACCUGGACGGGUACGUUUCGCACAGCCCCGGUUCCUACAUUAUGGGCGGCCCCGGCAGCCCCUCGUCGCUCGACUAGCAACACACGCAGUCGAGAAUGCAGUGGCAAGUGCAUCUUCGGCGCUGGAUACGACGGCUGCUGGCGGGUGAAGCAGCGCCGGCGGCCGGUGGUGCCGUCGACCAAAACGACGAUACCGCACCGCCGGUGGGUGCGGCGAAAGCUCCGUGAGUGAUUGUGAGAGCGUGCGAGUUGGGGGGGGGGGGGGGAAGGGGGGGGGGAGGAGGGCUGUUGUGAUCCGAGACCAGGGACGGGGAAAGUUUUGGGAAAGUUGCUGUGCAGUGAGGGAGAGAGAAUAAGAGAAGUAACACAAAAAACCAGGUGCGUUAAAGGGCAGAGAGUGAUUGACAUCAGGUGCAAGCAGGCAGCAAGCAGCAAAAACGGAUAAGGAACAACCAAUCAAGCGAUCAAAACCCAAUGGAAAAUUAGUUGUUUUUUUGUGGCAUCAUGCGUGAAUGAGUGAAUGUGCGUGUGUGCGUUUGUGAUUUGUUGAUGAAAUAAGCACAAAUGGAGAUGAAAAUGUAAACUACUUCCCCAACUAACUUCUCUUCCCAGACACCAAAGGGGGAGUUCCUGUGUGUGUGUGUUUGUGUGUGUGUUCGUGUGCGCUUCCCGGUGACUGCCCACGGUCAUGUCAUGCGGUAACACAAUGAUGUUAUUAUAUUCAAAUUUUCGGUUGCUUUUUUUAAUGCUCGUGUGCGUGUUGUUCUCUCUCUCUCUCU